AUGUACAAGGCAGGAUAUCAUAAGUACUUAACAAGUUCUUGCUUUCAUGCUAAUUUUCCAUUGGUAGAUAUUGAUUGGGCUGAUAUGGAAAAAGAUUUAAAAUCUGUGACAUCCGGUAUAUUGCAAACGGCAGAACACGAGAUCCGGGCGCCAGCACACGCAAAUGUUGCAGAUCAUGCUUCAAAAACUUCAACAAGAGAACAACUGUCGAAGAUACUUGAUGAUCUUUUAACUUGCUUUAAAGGUCUCGUCGAUGUUGUCCGAGAAUUGUCUUCUAUUUUAGAUUAUUCUGCUACCUUGUAA